UUUGGUCGGUUUUUUUUAUUCACUCCAUGUUAAAUAAACCCUCGAGCAUUAUUCUGUCUUUUUUCUUCGGUGAUGUGGGAUUCCGUCUUCAUCCUGGAGUCCUGGAGUCAAUCAAGUUACACCCCUCCCUUCCUCGAAUGGUGCAUUCCAAAGAUCCUGCCACUGUGUAGCGGGAUGGAGGGACUAGUUGGAGACAAAAGUUGGUGCCGAGUGAAAGAGACUGUGGAAGACUGUGGGACAGUGUUGCUUUUGUGAAGUGAGACAACCAGAGAAGUAGUGUGAAUGUAAAUGAAACAGUAAUCAAGAAAAAAAAAAGACCGUUUUUUUUGUUUCUCUCAGAAAUUAAAUGAACUCUAUGCUGAGAAGAAAAUGAGAAGCUACCUUUUCAUUGUGUUGCUGUGUGCAUCCUUCGUGGAGUGUCAGCAAAGAGGUCUCUUUCCUGCUAUUCUGAAUCUGGCCAGCAAUGCGGAGAUCUCCACCAACGCCACCUGUGGGGAGAUGGGGCCUGAGAUGUUCUGCAAGCUGGUGGAACACGUGCCGGGCAGAAAAAUCCGCAACCCUCAGUGUCGGAUCUGCGACGGCAACAGUACAAACCCACGAGAACGACAUCCCAUCACAAAUGCAAAUGACGGCACUAAUUACUGGUGGCAGAGUCCCAGCAUCAAAAACGGCAGACAGUACCACUGGGUGACAAUAACACUGGAUUUACGGCAGGUCUUCCAAGUGGCCUAUAUCAUCAUCAAGGCAGCCAACUCCCCGCGCCCUGGGAACUGGAUCCUGGAGCGCUCUCUGGACGGGGUGGAGUUCCAGCCCUGGCAGUACUACGCCAUCAGCGACACGGAGUGCCUGACGCGGUACAACGUCACUCCUCGGAUUGGGCCCCCGACGUACAAAAGAGACGACGAAGUCAUCUGCACCUCGUACUACUCCCGACUGGUCCCUCUGGAGCACGGAGAGAUCCACACCUCCCUGAUCAACGGCAGGCCCGGUGCCGAUGAGCUCACCCCCGCCCUGCUGCAGUUCACCUCCUCUCGGUACAUCCGCCUCCGGCUGCAGCGGAUCAGGACUCUCAACGCCGACCUCAUGACACUCAGCUACAGGGACCCCAAAGACGUGGACCCCAUAGUCACUCGUCGGUAUUAUUACUCCAUCAAGGACAUAUCUGUGGGAGGGAUGUGCAUCUGUUAUGGCCAUGCUCAAAGCUGCCCCUGGGAUGAAGUGUCCAAGAAGCUCCAGUGUGUGUGUGAGCACAAUACGUGUGGGGAGAGCUGUAAUGAAUGUUGCCCUGGCUACCAUCAGAAACCCUGGCAACCUGGAACCCUGUCUGAUGGCAACACUUGUGAAAAAUGCAACUGUCAUAACAAGGCUGAAGAUUGUUACUACAACCAGACAGUGGCAGACACCAGGAAGAGCCUGAAUGUUCACGGCCAGUUUGUUGGGGGAGGAGUAUGUGUGAACUGCACUCAAAAUACAGCUGGCAUUAACUGCGAGACGUGCAUCGAUGGCUACUUCAGACCCCAGGAGGUCUCACCAUAUGCAGAGAACCCUUGCAUUGAAUGUGGAUGUGAUCCAUAUGGCUCUGUGCAUCUUAACUGUGUUAAGGAUGAAAAUCAGCCUGAUCUCCAGAAUGGUUUACAUGCUGGGCAGUGUUACUGUAAAGAGGGAUACACUGGUGAUAAAUGUGACCGCUGUGCAUUCGGCUUCACGGGCUUUCCCUACUGCAUCCGGUGUAAUUGCAGUCUGGUGGGCAGCAUUAAUAAAGACCCCUGUGCUGAAGAAUGUAUAUGCAAAGAAAAUGUGAUGGGUGCAAAUUGCGACCUUUGUAAACGGGGCUAUUAUAACCUUCAAGAGAGCAACCCAGAGGGCUGCACUGAGUGCUUCUGUUUUGGAGUGUCAGAUGUGUGCGACAGUAUCUCCUGGCCCAUAGAUCAGGUGGUAAACACCGAUGGGUUGCUGCGGUCUGUUGUUGAAACUGACAAUCUCGCCAGAGCCCGAUUCUACAUUAAUGGACUUCCUGUCACUGUUAACAACACAGCAGAAGGCAGGACACUGCAAUUCCUCUAUUCCUGGUCAGCACCCGAGGGAUUCCGGGGAAACAAGCUGACUUCUUACGGAGGGAACUUGAGCUUCACAGUGUCUUUUGAUCCCGCUGAAGAGUCUUGGGAUCCUUAUAUGAUCGCUCUUUAUGAUGUCAUUAUUGAGGGGAACGGCAAGGCUCUGCAAACAGGGAUCAGCCAGCAGCUGCUGCUCAGGCCCCGUGAAGAGCAAAGCGCCGGGGUGGAGAUGGUGCCCGGGAGCUUCGUCGGCCUGCUCUCCCGGAAUCCCGCACAGCGGGACGAGCUCCUGACGGCGAUGGCCAACCUGACAGCCCUGCGGUUCAGAGUCCACGUCAACAGCACCGCUGCAGCCGUUGUCAGACUGAGGACUGCCUCUCUGGAUACAGCAGAUAUGAAUGCUACAGGUCUCAAACUUGCACUGAGUGUAGAACACUGUGAAUGUCCUUGGGGUUACACUGGGACUUCUUGUGAGUAUUGCAGCUCUGGUUUCUAUCGAGUUGGAGGGAUUCUGUUUGGAGGCAACUGUAUGCAGUGUGAAUGCAAUUAUCACGCUACCGAAUGCGAUAUCAAUGGUGCCUGCUUUGACUGUGACCACAACACCACAGGACCAUUCUGUGACCUGUGCCUUCCUGGUUUCUAUGGCGAUGCCACCAAUGGCACCCCUGAUGAUUGUCAGAUGUGUGCUUGUCCGUUGAAUAUUUCCUCCAACAAAUGUUUUGGGUCCGUGGGCGGGCGCGCGGGAGACCCGGGGCUCCUGCCGGGCCACGGUCUGACUCGGCUUCCUGUUCUCAGGUGUGCGGAUGGUUACUAUGGAGACCCGACGGUGCCGGGGGAGGGCUGUGUCCCGUGUGAUUGCAAUGGGAACGUGAAUCCGGAGGAGCCCGGCCACUGCGACCCCAAGACCGGGGAGUGCCUGAAAUGCAUCGGCAACACAGCGGGCCCCCACUGCGAGAGGUGCCAGGAGGGCUAUUUCGGCGACGCUGUCGUGGCUAAAAACUGUCAAGGCUGUGGCUGCUAUGCUAACAGCUCGCUCUCCAGUGUCUGUGAUGUGAGGACGGGACGGUGUGAGUGUAAACCUAAUGUCAUCGGAGAGAAGUGCGACCAGUGCCAGCCUGGCUACUUUGGGCUGAACAGUGGUGUGGGCUGUGAACGGUGCAGCUGCAGCGAGGCUGGGUCGCUCUCGGCAGAAUGCACCGAGGAAGGGCAGUGCGCCUGUGUCCCAGGGGUGGCAGGAGACAAGUGUGACCGCUGCCAACACGGAUUUUAUCAUUUCCAAGAUGGAGGCUGCAAGGCAUGUGAUUGUGCCCACACCCACAACACCUGCAAUCCAGAGACGGGGGAAUGUAUCUGCCCACCCCACACUGUGGGGGAGAAAUGUGAGCAGUGUGAGGAUAACUACUGGGGACACGACUCCUUGCUGGGGUGUAAGCCCUGUGGCUGCAGUGUAAUUGGGUCCUCCAGCUCCCAGUGUGACCUGACCAGUGGCCAGUGCCAAUGUCAUGUGGAGUUUGGGGGACGGAGGUGUGACCAGUGCGCACUGGGGUUCAGAGCCUUCCCACAGUGCACUGCCUGUAACUGCAACAUUAACGGCACGAGAGAGCAGUAUUGUGAUGAGAAGCUGGGAGUCUGUGGCUGUGAGGAAGACCUGGGCAACUGUGUCUGCAAGGACAACGUGGGCGGCGCCGGCUGCGAUGAGUGCAAGCAGGGGACCUUUGGGCUCAGCGCAGAUGACCCGGCUGGCUGCAGCCCUUGCUUCUGUUUCGGAGUGUCCACUGAGUGCGAAGAACUCGGAGGACUAGUGCGAGUUCCCAUCCCACUGAAGCCGGAGCAGGAGAAACUGCGUGUGGUCACUCAGAGUAACCUGACUGGCACGCUGGAGGGCGUGUUUCUGCAGGCCCCUGACAUCCUCUUAGAUGCCUCCUUAGUCCAGAAGUCACUACCGACUGGCCCAUACUACUGGAGACUGCCAGAGCAGUUUCAAGGCAAUAAGCUCAUGGCCUAUGGGGGGAAGCUAAGGUACACAGCAGCAUUCUUCGCUCUUGAAGGCUCUGGAGUCUCCAACAAUGAGCCCCAGGUCCUCAUUAAAGGAGGACACCUGAAAAAACUGGUCAUCUAUCAAGACGUACCUGCUCCUGACAAUGGGGUGAAAACCAGGCAGGAGAUUGACUUGAAGGAGCACAAAUGGAAGUAUUUUAAUGCUGUCUCUGAAAAGGCAGUCACACACUCUGACUUCAUGUCUGUCCUCAGCAACAUUGAAUAUGUUAUCAUCAAAGCUUCGUAUGGGAAUGGAUUACAGCAGAGCAGGAUUUCUAAUAUCUCAAUGGAAGUUGCAUUUGAGUCUGAGGACACUGACGGCGAACUGGCUCGUUUUAUUGAAGUCUGCGAGUGUCCUUCUGGUUAUGCCGGACUGUCAUGCCAGGAGUGUGCGCCCGGGCAUUACCGGAAGAGGGUGGGGACACUGAGCCCCAGACCGCUGAUUGAGCCCUGUGUGCCCUGCCAGUGCAGUAACCACAGCCAGACCUGUGAUCUGGACACAGGGACGUGCCAGGGCUGCCAGCACAACACAGUGGGUGAUCACUGUGACUUAUGUGCUCCAGGAUACUAUGGGAAGGUUAAAGGGUCAAUAAAUGAUUGCUCACUCUGUGCCUGUCCACAUGGCAACAAAAAAAGCUUCAGCCCCACUUGUGUUCCUGAAGGCUCCAGUGACUUCCACUGCAAUGCCUGCUUCCAGGGCUAUGAAGGGCAGUACUGUGAAAGGUGUUCCCUAGGUUACUAUGGCAACCCCAGCGACCCUGACGGCAGCUGUGAGCGCUGUAGAUGUAACCUCACUGGUUCGGCCCACGAGCACUGCGACCAGCUCACGGGCCAGUGCGUCUGUAAGAAAGGAGUGCGCGGCCACCUCUGUGACGAAUGUGAGCCCAGACACGUCCUCCACGGCACGGAGUGCACGUCCUGCGAUGAUGACUGCACAGGAGUCCUGCUAAAUGACCUGGAUAAUUUGGAACUCUCUCUGCAGUCUGUUAACUUGACAGGUGUUAUCUUAGCCCCCUACAGUCUCCUGGCUUCGCUUGAGAAUACCACAGAGGAAGUGAAGUCACUGUUGUCCUCUGAGACACAUCCAAGCUAUGUUUCGAAGGAAAUAGAUGAGCAGCUGACAGGGAUUACCGAUGACAUUAAUCAACUGCACCACAAGGUAACACAAGCAUAUGGUGAGGGUCUGGACCUCGAAAAAUCCACUGAGCAGAAACUUAACCAGAGUCGGGACCUAUUGAGUUACAUAACAAAAAUGCAGACAGCUAUCCAAGCUCUUGCACAAGUGGCCAGCGACGCGAACAGGACUGUGGACAGCGAUUUGGAUCUGUCGAAUAGCACUGUGCUACAGCAGGAGAUGACUGCAAUGGUGGCGAUCAUGAGAAAGAUUGACUUUACUCUGGAGAAUACAACCAGCAGGGAUGAAAUUAAAGCCGCCAGGGCCCUUCUCCAGCAGGUUCAGCGGGAGUUCAGGAAGCCCCAGCAGGGCGCGGAGGAGCUGCGGGUCAAAGUUAGCGGCGCCCUGUCCACGCUGGCACGCCAUCUGAACGACACCCAGGACCUGGUGAACUCCGCAGAGGCCAGCGCCAGGAAUGCCAGUCAGCUUCUGCACACCGUCUCCAAAAACCUGGCAGAGUUCGAUGGAAGGAAACAGAAUGUCAGUAACACCAGCGCCGAGGCAGCAGUGAUGAUUGAAGAAGCGCAAGAAGCUCUGGUUGAUGGCUUAGCUGUGGCUGACAGUUUAGUUAAUAUCACUUCUCAUCUGGAAGAAGAGCUCGGUGACCUGGAGCUUUGGAAUCCCAUGCUGAGAAAGAGAGUGGACAACCUUGUGAUGCAAAUGAAGAAGAAGGCAGUGGUGGAGCUGGUGUACAGAGCAGAGGAUCAUGCUGCUGGCCUGAGCAAACAGGCUGACUCACUGUACAGUGUGCUCAGUGAUGUCAGGAAUAUGUCUUUCAAUGCCACCAAUGCUGCUCAGGCAAACUCCAAUAUCAAGGCUGACAUUGAGGCUGCCGAGCGGCAGGCAGAAGAGGCUCAUCUAACUGCAGCUGCGGUAUUGAACCUGACACUGUUGUCCAAAGGCUCAAUGAAAGAUGCUGGUGCCCUGUCUGUGCAGCAAAGCUCACAGAUUCUGGCCAAAGCCACUGACCAGCACAAUAAAACUGAUGGUCUCCUAGUCCGGUUUAAUAGUCAGAAGGACAAGCUAAGCAGCAUUCAGAAAAAUGUUCAAAACAUAAGUGGGCAGCUGGCUGAACCUUUGCAGCUGUUGAGAAGUUUUCCCAACGACACCGCAAAGAGAUUCCAGGAGGCCAAAGACCAGGCUGUGGCAGCCAAUGCCUCCCUCGCCGCUGUCCUCGGGCACCUCGAAGACUUCAGGAGGAAACUCUCGGCGUCCUCGACCGCUGUGGCCGGAGCCAGCGCGGCAGUGCAGAGCACUAAUGACCUGGUCGACGAUUCCGAGCAGACCGUAAACGCCGCUGAGAGGAAAGUGAAGGAAAUGGAGGCUCGGGCCAAGCUGCUGUUUGAGCGUUUGAAGCCUCUUAAACUCCUGGAGGACAACUUGAGCCGGAAUGUGUCUGAAAUCAAGGAGCUGAUCAAUCAGGCCCGGAAGCAGGCCGCUUCGAUUAAAGUGGCCGUGUCUGCUGACCGAGACUGUGUACGCGCUUACAAACCAGAGAUCUCCUCCAGCAACUUCAACACCCUUUCCCUGACGGUGAAAACUACAGAACCAGACAACCUGCUCUUCUAUAUGGGCAGCAGCUCCAGUGUUGAUUUCAUGGCUGUGGAGAUGCGGCGAGGAAAAGUCUCUUUUCUCUGGGAUAUUGGCUCGGGAAUUGGAAGGAUAGAGUACCCUGAUCUUCAGAUUAACAACAACCAGUGGCACCAGAUUCAUGCAACCAGGUUUGGAAAACAGGGUACACUAACUGUUCAAGAAGUGAAGUCUUCACAGAAGCCCGUUGUGAAAACGGCAUCGUCCCCUGGAACAUCUUCAGUGCUGCAUGUGAAUAAAUCAACCCUCGUCUUUGUAGGAGGCCUUGGGGGUCAGAUCAAGAAAUCUUCAGCUGUGAAAAUGACCCACUUCAAAGGCUGCAUGGGAGAAGCUACCCUGAACGGCAAAAAUAUUGGACUGUGGAAUUACGCUGAACGGGAAGGCAAAUGUAAAGGCUGCUUCAUGAGUCCCCAGGAAGAAGACACGUCCUUUUAUUUUGACGGCAGUGGUUACUCUGUUAUUGAGAAGUCACUUCGUUCAACAGUCACGCAAGUUGUAAUGCUCUUCAGAACCUUCUCCCCAAAUGGAUUGCUGCUCUACAUUGCUUCCAAUGGAACGAGCGAUUUUGUGUCUAUAGAAUUGGUAGAAGGCAAAGUUCGCCUGACCUUUGAGCUUGGGUCAGGUCCUCUCACACUCAUCACAACAAAGACAUAUAAUACUGGGAACUGGUAUAAAAUUGCCUUCCAGAGGAAUAAAAAAAUAGGUUACUUAGCUGUGAUGGAUGCCUAUGUGCCGUCUGACAGAGAGACUAUGGAGGGAAUGUCCCCAGGCAACGCCUCCGAUCUCAAUCGCUCGGAGAGGGACCCCAUUUACAUCGGGGGGCUGCCUCGCUCCCGAGCCAUCAGGAAGCAGAUUAUAACCAGGAGUUAUGUUGGGUGCAUCAAAAAUGUGGAGAUUUCCCGGUCUAACUUUGACCUGCUCAGAGAUGCCUAUGGGGUCAGAAAGGGCUGCGUGUUAGAGCCCAUUCGCAGCGUGACUGUCUUGAAGGAGGGCUUCCUUGAGCUACUGCCUGUGACUCUAACUCCUCAGUCUGAAAUCAUGGCCACAUUCUCCACCAAAAACGACACCGGCCUGAUCCUGACAGGAUUCGGCAAAGGAGGAAAGCGGAGGCGAAGACAGACCGUCCAGGGCUUCCUAGCAGUCAUGUUGAUGAACGGCCGUCUGGAAGUGCACAUGAACGCAGCAGAUGGGGCUCAUAUUAAAAAGGCCGUGGUCAAGCCAAAGAUGGGGACCUUCAGCGAUGGGGAAGAGCAUUCCCUUAUUCUGUCUCGCUCCAAGAGGGCGGUGACAGUGCAGGUGGACGACGACAGCAAGGAGGAGAUGAGGCUGGGACCAGCGGCAGAUCGCAGCUCCCUCACUCUCUCCAAGUUCUACGUCGGGGGGAUCCCUCCAGGAGAGGGGGCGGGCUUUCUCACGACCACCAGAUCUUUCUACGGCUGCAUCCAGAACUUGGCCUUCAAUAUGGAGCUCCUGGACCUGUCCCGCGCGGCGAGGUAUCAGAACGUGGACAUGGACAGCUGCCUGCUGGAGGAGAGGCCUCAGCCUGUGGUCGCCCACGAGGAGGAGGAUCUGGGGGGCGAGCCUGUGGCCUCGCCCACAGCAGCCGGGCCGGUCACCGUCACCACCGCGGCACAGACCUCCCAGAGCCCGGGCCCAGCUGAGUGUACAGAGGAAGGACUGCCAGAGAUCGUCCCUGAGGCCCACCAGUUUGGUCUUUCCAAAAACAGCCACAUGAUCUUGCCCAUCAGUCGCAAUGAAGUAAGGAAAAGGUUUACCAUCCAGCUUUCCCUGCGCACGGUGGCCUCGAGUGGCCUGGUGUAUUACAUGGCCAACUCCAACCAGGUUGAUUACACAGCCUUGCAGUUGGUGGACGGGCGCCUGUUCUUCACCUGUGACCCUGGCAAGACUGUAGCCGUGGCAACGCACCCCCAUGACGUCCGUGAUGGCCAGUGGCACACGAUUAAGACUGAAUUUGCUAAGAAGAGUGUGAGAAUCAGUAUAGAUGGGAAGGAGUCUCUGUCAGUGGAGGCUGUGGGAACUGGGAAUUAUCUUGAUGUGGAAGGAAAGCUGUACCUGGGUGGCCUUCCAGUAGGCUACAUUGCCAAGAAGAUUGGAAAUGUGACACACAGUGUUCCAGCCUGUAUACGCAAGGUGAUGUUGAACAAUAAUCUCUUGGACACAAAGAGCCCUGCCUCGGUUCAUGCUCUUGGCUCCUGCUACACUGGAGCCCAAGAGGGCACAUACUUUGAAGGAACUGGAUUUGCAGCGUUAGUGAAAGAAGGAUACAAGGUACGCUCGGAUUUGGCCGUGGCCCUCGAGUUCCGGACCCCAGUGCAGGACGGGGUCCUGCUGGGGAUCAGCAGUGCAAAGGUGGACGCGAUCGGGCUGGAGCUGGUCAAGGGCGAGGUUCUUUUCCACGUAAAUAACGGCGCAGGGCGAAUAUCUGCCACCUACAAACCGAGAGGCUCCAGCACCCUCUGUGAUGGGAAGUGGCAUCAUCUCCUGGCUAACAAGACCAAGCACGGACUCAUUUUGACAGUGGAUGGGGUCACAGUCCAGACCGACAACCCACAUUCUCAGUCUACCUCUGCAGACACCAAUGACCCUGUAUAUGUUGGAGGUUUUCCUGGUAAUGUGAAGCAGAACUGCCUUACUAUAAACACUCCAUUUCGCGGCUGCAUGAAGAAUCUCAGGCUUGUCAAAGGACACAUCACUGAGACCUAUGACUUCAGCACAGCCUUCGAUCUGCGUGGUGUCUUCCCACACUCCUGUCCAGGGCCUCAGCUCUGAUGGCCCAGCGACAGCCGUUAAACCAGAACCUUUCCAUUCUCCACUCGGGAUGCUCGUUGUGUUUUUGUAAGGGAAUUUUUUUUAAGGAGUUUCUUUCUAAUGAAAUAAACGUAAACUGUGUACCUCCCUGGAGCUUUACAUUUGAUGUUUCUAAAGGCUUUGUGAUCCAUUGUUCAUGGGAAUGUUUUGACUAGUAAAAGUCAGCGUGCUUUAAAUCACUUGACUGUUCUGCUUCGUUUUCACAGAAAGGGUAAGGACUUAUAAAGCUGCUGACCUCCACAUAACGAAAUGCGUUUGUUCUGUACAGGCUUGUACUGUUCUGCCCUUACAAUGUCUGAAAAAAAAUAAAACUUUUUUUUAAAAAAAAA